AUGGCUGGCACACGAAAUUACGAUUUUUUGAUCAAACUGCUACUCAUCGGCGAUUCGGGUGUGGGGAAAUCAUGUUGCCUGCUGCGGUUCAGUGAGGAUUCAUUCACCCCAUCUUUCAUUACGACAAUCGGGAUCGACUUCAAAAUCCGGACGAUAGAACUAGAUGGGAAACGUGUAAAGCUACAAAUAUGGGAUACAGCUGGCCAGGAAAGAUUCAGGACGAUCACCACCGCAUAUUACCGGGGUGCCAUGGGGAUACUGCUUGUUUACGAUGUGACCGAUGAGCGGUCUUUCAACAACAUCCGGACAUGGUUCUCGAACGUUGAACAACAUGCAAGCGAAGGCGUACAUAAAAUGCUUAUCGGCAACAAAUGUGAUUGGGAAGAGAAGAGAGCCGUGACAACGGAGCAGGGCCAGAAACUGGCCGACGAACUAGGAAUCCCGUUCCUGGAAGUUUCAGCGAAAAAUAACAUCAAUGUCGAAAAGGCCUUCUACACCCUAGCCUCCGAUAUAAAGAAGGUUAUGGACACGACCAAAUCCGAACAGGCCGGUUCCCAGGGCGUGACUAUAGAUCAUCAAGGCAGUGGGGCAGGCAACCUUGGAGGCAAAUGUUGUUAG